AUGUCUUCCACAUCUUCUAGUGAUUGCGAUAACUGUGAUUGUUGUCAAUGCGCAUUCCCGCUUGACGAUAAUCAUAAUAGCUAUACUUGUCAGUAUGGCAAGUCUUCCAAGACCAGUCGACACGUCCCCAUCUAUUCCACGAUGGCACACCCUCUUAUUUAUUACGCUGAAGUUCCACGGCCUCAAAACAGGAGGCAGACAAAAGAACAACCGAGGAAAGAUAAUCGAAAUUGUUUUGUAAAAGCUUUUAAAUGGUACACACAGGAACGUGAACCAUACGGUAAAUGUGAUGUGUGUCCUGAACGAAGUGGCUUCGCAAAUUGGUUGGACAACAAAUACGUUGAGUAUCUUCGUGAGAGCAGACAGCUUCACCCUUGCGAACUAAAGCCCCAACCGACCAUGACUAUUGAACCGUGCCCUGCUCCCUGCAUAUCCCCUUUCGAACCGUGUACGACUAGAAAAUUUGCACGAAUUAGAAGCCCAUGGAGAAAACGAAGACGUCCAUGCAAUGAUUCAGGAGAUGUGCCUGAAAAGGGUGCUAAUCAAAGCUGUGAAUUUAUUCUCCAACCGAAAGAUUUAACCCGCGCAGCGUCAGACAACUGCUAUCAUACUCCAACAUCUGGUUGCAUAAAAUCUAACGCUACAUCAAUAACGUCCAAUACUCCUUGCAACCUGAGAUGUUCCGGGAGAUCACACAGCCUGAGCAGUGUUUGUCGCGAGAGGAGUGUUCCUAAAUAUAUCGACACGAUUCCUGACACCGUGCAAGAGGGUCCAAAGCUCCAAGAGUGUCCAAAAAUCCAAGAGUGUCCAAAAAUCCAGGAAUCUCCUAUAAAGCCACAGGAAACACCCAAGUCCCCAAGUUGUAUGUGCCAUCAGGAACAAAUAGUGCAAGUGCCAUCGAAGUCCCGAGCCGUGGAUGUGUCGUGCCAAUGUCCUGAAGAGAAGGUUAUUCCAGUUACUGUGGAAACUCAGUACGAAACUAUUAUACGUGAACCUUCAAGCUGUACUGACAUGUUUGCACCAUGCUUCUGCACCAAGGAUACUGGAUACCCACCAUUGCCGGUUAAGCAACUGAGCAAGAAAUCUUCAAAAACUUCAAUUGCUUCGAAAAAGGGUGCUUCGGGGCAUGGUAAUCGGUCCAAGAAACCAAAGAAAUCAAAACGAUCUACCGUGUCGUGUCAAUGUCCACAGGAAACAGUUGAAGCUCCGUCCCCGUGCCCGCCUAACCCGUGUGCAUGUCGCAAUGUUUGUGCUCCCAUCGGGGAUGUUAAAGAAGUUAGCCAAGUGUUUGGUCCAAAGCCUAUACGACGCCAAUCCUACUCUACUGUUGCUGUAAAUGAGGAUUCUUGCGAAUGCGCAGUAAAAGACGUAGCGAUAGUGAGUAUGGUGACGCGCUCCCUCGCGAGCGACGCCGUGCAAACAUCCGACCAUGCCAUAUGCUUCGAAAAAUGUGGGCCCUGUCCACCUCCGCUGUUUUUGAAAAUACUUUGUGCAGACAGAGCGAACAACGAAUGCUUUUAAGAUAAAUUUACAAAUGUAUUGUACCAUUUUUGUCAAGUCAUAAAAUAUUACUGUUCUUUUAACCACAUAAA